AUGUGGCAACUUAAACCAGAUCCAACCCACAAAAAGUAUCGCACUGCCAUCAAGUGGAAGAAUCUCAACCCAGAAUUCAAUGAGGAGUUUGUGUUUGAGGUCCGGAGGAAUGAACUACCGAAGAAGCUUUUAGAUAUUCGGGUGUAUGAUAAAGACGUUGGUCGUAGUGAUGAUUUCAUUGGUGGUCUUCAAUUGUCUCAGGAGAGCACGGGCAUGGAGCUGCGGCACUGGUAUGAUGCCUUGCAGUACCCUGACCGUCGUCAUGACCGCUGGCACCAACUACAGGCACUUAACGACAAGUAAGCUGCUCUUGCUAGCAGUUGCAGGCAUUGCUUGAAGCAGGAGCACUCUGAAACAGCAACAAAAUACAUUUUUAAAGCAAAACUCAUAGAAAAGAAGUUUCAAGAAGUAAGCCUGCUGGACAAAUUUCAAGAAGCAAGACUGCUGGAAAACAAGUUUAAAGAAGCAAGACUGCUGGAAAACAAGUUUAAAGAAGCAAGACUGCUGGAAAACAAGUUUAAAGAAGCAAGACUGCUGGAAAACAAGUUUAAAGAAGCAAGACUGCUGGAAAACAAGUUUAAAGAAGCAAGACUGCUGGAAAACAAGUUUAAAGAAGCAAGACUGCUGGAAAACAAGUUUAAAGAAGCAAGACUGCUGGAAAACAAUUUACAAGAAGCAAGACUACUGGAAAACAAUUUACAGGAAGCAAGACUGCUGGAAAACAAGUUUAAAGAAGUAAGACAGCUGGAAAAUAAUUUACAAGAAGCAAGACUACUGGAAAACAAGUUUAAAGAAGUAAGACAGCUGGAAAAUAAUUUACAAGAAGCAAGACUACUGGAAAACAAGUUUAAAGAAGUAAAACUGCUGGAAAAUAAUUUACAAGAAGCAAGACUACUGGAAAACAAGUUUUAAGAAUCAAGACUGCUGGACAAAAAGUUUUAAUUAAGAGCCAAGACUAUUGGGAAACAAGUUCCAAAUGUAGUAAUAUGCUCUGAGUGUAACAAAACCACAAGAACUAAUAUGAUAAUUUUUGUGAACUAAAAAUAUUAAAGAUACAUGACGCAAUAAUACUGAUUGUUAACUAGUGACCUCCAGUAUUAUAGUGAGGAACUUUGUGUAUUAUGGGACCAUAUAAAGAAUAAUUAAUGGUGACAAGAAUAAUUUUCUGUUGGACAGUGACUUUUAAAAAAGCUGCAUUAUAGAAUAAUGCAACAGAUAAUGACAAGCUAAAUGUUCACUAUUGGAGGUGCAUGCUGUAUAAAACAAAACCAGUGAUCUCGUAGUGGCGAAAUUUAUCAUUCCUGGAUGAUACUGAAAGUAGCACAUCUGUAAAUAUUAUACAUUAAUAUGAGUGACUCUGGUACAGUAUGUGAAUGAUAGUGAUGGUGCUUUCUUGA